GGCGGACAGACCGACGGGGGUGUGGGAGCUGCGUGGGCGCAUGCGCAGACGCGCUCCUCCCGCCUGGUCUCCGAGCCGGGAGUCACUGGGGUGUCCUGGUCUCCGUCAGUCAGUCGGGGGCCAGGGCUGGGGGCCGCUGCUCUCUGUGCGAAAUGGUGUCGCUGGCCAAAGCCUACACGGUGACGUUUUAUGGGGUUUUGGCGCUGAUGGUGGCCGUCGGAAUAUGGGAUGUUUUCUUUGGGUACGAAGAGAACAGGUGCAGCAUGAGCUAUAUGUUCGAAUAUCCGGAAUACCAGAAAAUCAGCCUUCCGCACAAAUUGACCAGACAGUAUCCAGCUUAUGAGUUGUAUUUGUACGGAGAAGGGAGCUAUGCCCAAGAAAACAAAAAUCUCUUGUUGUCAGGGAUUCCAGUUCUUUUUCUUCCUGGUAAUGCUGGAAGUUAUAAACAAGUGCGUUCUCUUGGCUCUAUAGCACUUAGAAAAGCAGAAGACAUUGACUUCAAGUACCACUUUGAUUUCUUUAGUAUAAACUUCAACGAAGAGCUAGUGGCACUAUAUGGUGGAAGUCUUAAGAAGCAAACAAAAUUUGUUCAUGAAUGUAUUAAAAUAAUCCUUAAACUCUAUGAGGGUCAAGAUUUUGCACCAAAAAGUGUUGCAAUUGUUGGCCAUUCCAUGGGUGGCCUUGUUGCAAGAGCAUUGCUUACAAUAAAGAAUUUUAAGCCAGAAUUGGUAAAUCUUCUAGUUACCCAAGCCACACCUCAUACUGCACCUGUAAUGUCAUUAGAUAGCUAUCUCAAUGAUUUUUACAAAACAGUAAACAACUACUGGCUUCUGAACGCUCAGGACAUAAAGCUAAUCACUCUCUCUAUAGCUGGAGGGUUCCGAGAUUAUCAAGUUCGAUCAGGACUGAGUUUCCUAACGACACUAAGUCAUCAGACCAAGACUUUAUCUGUUGUGAGCACAGCAGUACCUAGAACUUGGGCUUCAACAGACCAUCUUUCUAUAGUUUGGUGUAAACAAUUGCAGUUGUCUACAAUUAGAGCUUUUUUUGACCUUAUUGAUGAUGAUACUAAACAGAUAACUAUGAAACCAAAAAAGAAGAUGUCUGUUUUGAAUCAUCACUUUGUAAAGAAUCCAGCAAAGCUUUUUGAGGAAACUCCCAAUAUAGUUGCUGAUUUAACAGGGACAUCUAAAUGGGUUCCAGUGAAAGUAACAAAAUGGACAUUUAUGGCUUUUAAUGAGUCUUAUGCGAUAUAUUUUGCAUUUCCUCUCUCAAAUCACAGAAAAACCUACAGCCAUGUAUUCUGUCAGAACAGUAUGUUGGAUAGACAUAGUUGGAUUUAUGGCUGUAUAAACAGUGUUUCUAUGUGUACUCAAGGUGUUGACCUGUCCUGGAAAACUGAACUGCUGCCAACAAUGAAGACUUUCAUGUUGAAACUCCAAGAUUAUCCAAAAUUGUCUCAUGUUGUUGUUUAUGUACCAUCUACUAAUGGAAAUAAGUUUGUUGUAGACUGUGAAUUUUUUCAAUUAGAGUUAAGAACUGUUCAUCUUCCUGUAACUCAUCUCUUUUCUUUUGGGUUAACUUCAAGGCAGAUCAAAUUAAAUUCAAAUGGCUUAUUCUACACUGUACCACUCCUGAACUUUGGACAGAUAUACCAAGCUUUCACAAUCGAUAUAAAGAGCAAAUGCGCAUCAACCAAAGUAGAAAAAAAUAAUGUUUUUAGACUCCAUAUACCGUGGGCCCAUGAAGAUUUAAUGAUUACUUCAAAAGCCCCAACUUCAACAGAAGUUUCUUUAAAACUUCAUGUUGCACAACCAGAAAAUGAUAGCCAUGCAGCUGUGUUUCAUAUGUUUACAUCAUCAGAGUGUCGGUAUGAGAUAACAAUUAGGACUUCGUUUUUACAAAUUCUUGGACAGGUAAUUCGAUUCCAUGGUGGAGCUCUUCCUGCCUAUAUCAUGUCUAGUAUCCUCCUUACUUAUGGAGGACAAUUACAGUCCCUUAUUUCAGUAGGCCAUUGUUUAGAUUAUACAAGUAUGUUGGAUAAAGAAGCCAAACCAUACAAAGUUGAUCCUUUUGUAAUAAUUAUGAAAUUCAUGUUGGGCUAUAACUGGUUUAAACAAAUUUGGGAUAGUUUCUUCUUGCCAGAAUUAGAUGCCAUUUUUCUAAAUACACAAAGUAUGUGUUUUCCACUUGUGUCUUUGGUCCUCUUUCUAUUUGGAACCAGUAUUGCAUACUGGGGAGGCAUACUCUCAUCUUUAUCUGUGAGGCUUCUUUCUUCAAUGUGGCUAACCUUAAACAGACCUUCUGAAAUCCCUAAUGACCCCAGGUUGAUAACAACAAGAUUAUCGUUUCUGAUCAUGCUUCUGCUAAUAAUUGGUUGGACAACUUGUGGAGCACUUUCAAUACUUCUCAUCUAUGUUUACUAUGUGUUUAAGAUUAUUAAAUUGUACUCCAACAUAACAACAUUGAAAAAUAACUCUGAUAUGAUUCCAAACAUCUCUCAAAGAAAUGAAAACAGUACAAAUUCUUCAGCUGAAAAAAAAGAGAACAAAAGAUCUCAGAAAAGCCUUCCUCCAAAACCAGAUGUACUUCCUUUAAGUUUAGCCAUUGAUAAUGCUGAAGAUAAUUUUAAGAUGCAUAUUACUAUUGUUAACUUAGUAAUAUGGGUUGUAUUACUCAGUAUGCCAUCCUUAAUUUAUUGGCUAAAGAAUCUCAGAUAUUAUAUUAGACUUAAUCCUGAUCCAUGUAAAUAUCUGUCAUUUUUACUCGUUCCAACUCUGGGAAUUCUUGGGAAUUCUGACAUUGUUUCAGUAAAGUCAAGUAAACUGUUGAAGACUGCUGCACAAUUUCCACUCAUAGUGGCCAUUGGUGUGGUUGCCUUUGGGUCUACACACUUAUACAGAGUGCCAUACUUUGUAGUCAUUCCUCUUUUACUCCAUAUGUUGUCGAGUAUUUGAUUUGAGAAAUAGUAGGGGUACUUUGGCUGUUUAGGAAAGUAACAAGAAAGAAAAACACACAGAUUCAUCGACUUGGACUGCAGGAUCGUUUGGAGAAGACAAGUCUAUUUUUACAAUAUGAAAAUUCAAAACUAGUUUUAUAACCCCUGAGGAAAAUAUUUGAAGCAUGAUUUUGUUUUUGUGGUGUGGUAUUUGUCUACUGAUCAUUUUGAAAAAUGAACAUAAGGAGUUUAAUGACCAAAAUCUUUCAGGAUUUCAAUUUCUGUGCAUACAGUCUAUUUGUUUUAUGAUACUUGUGAUGUUUUUAUAGUCUAGAUUCAGUAGAUACAGCAUUGUUUGUAUUGACAUUACAAGCAUUUUGUUCUUUCAUUCAGUUUUUCUACUGAAAUGUGUGUUCCUUUGUAUUUACUAUAGUUUGUAUAUUGAGAAUUAAAUCUUAAAGAGGUGGAUGAAAUUCAUAAUACCAUAAUUUCCUCAGAAAACAAAAUACCAAGAAUACUUUUUGAUCUGUUUUGAAAAACCAUGAGGUGUAUUGUUAACAUUCUUUUAUGUUUGCAAGGUUAUAUACUCACUUUGAAUUUUUCUUGGCCUUCUGACAAGAUAUUUUUCAGUAACCUUUUAAAAUUGAUUGUUAAAAGUAUCAAGAGCUCAGAAGUUAAAGAAAUAGUCUUUUGUUAUUUGUCAAAUGCUGACUAUCAUUUUGUAUUCAUGAAUACCUUGAGUCUCCUAAAUAAUGCCAGUGUUUAGUCAUAAGAAAACAAUUUUUCAUAGUUAUUCACUUACUGGCAUUGAAAUAAUUAUUUCAAUCUGUGCCUUCAUCAAAUCUAAGUUUGGCUCUUUGCAACUUUCGUCCAUUGCUUCUUGUUCUGUCCUAUGGGGCCAUACAGAAUAAGCCUAAUCCAUCUUUCACAUUAUGGCCCUUCAGAUACUUGAACACACUUCUCCCUUCCCCUAGUGUUUUCUAUUUUCUGGGCUAAACGUCUUCUGUUUCGUCAGUCAAUCUUCAUAUUACGUAGACUUAGUGUCCUUGAUUUUCCUGAUUGCCCCACUCUGAACGCUGUCUAGUUUAUUGAUGUCCUCAAGUAGUGAUGCCUGGAACUGGACACAGUGCUCCAGAUGAGGUCAAGAAUGGGCUAAUGCGGAGAGACGAUAACCUCUUUAUUUCUGGAAACCAUACUUGUCUUAAUGCAGCCCAAGAUCACUUGAGGCUUUUUAGGCAGCCACAUCACACUGUUGACUCAUGUUGUAUUUGCAGCCCAUGAAAACUUGUGGAUCUUUUUCAGAUAAACUUGUCUUUUUA